CUGCGUGCAGCUGCAGCUGUAAAUGUUUGACAGAGUUCAGACCAGAGGAGCCUCACACUCUGCACCAUGAGUUCUCUGGCGGUCCACGUGGUGCGUCUGGGCCCGGGGGAGGAGCUGCUGGGCUCGCUGCAGGCGCUGGUGGAGGAGCGCCGUCUCCGGGCGCCAUUCAUCAUCACCUGCGUUGGCAGCGUCACCAAGGCAACGCUGCGGCUGGCCAACGCCACGGCAACCAACCAGAACGAGGUGCUCCACCUCAGCGGGCGCUUUGAGAUCGUCUCUCUGGUCGGGACUCUGAACCGGGACGCCCACGUCCACGUCAGCCUGGCGGACGGCGAGGGCCGGACGGUGGGGGGCCACGUGCUGGGGGACCUGGAGGUGUUCACCACGGCGGAGGUGGUGGUGGGCGAGGCCCUCGGCCUGCAGCUCAGCAGGGACACGGACCCCAGGACCGGCUUCCCCGAGCUCCUCGUCCAAAACAGACUCUCAGAGUGAGGCUUUUAUUCUGAAAGGGGUUUAAUCAGACACUGUAACCUCAUCAGAUGUGUGUUAGAGAUUUAAUAUAAAAAUAUAAAGAUUCUAAUAAAAGAACAGUGAAGUAUAAAGAGUCCAUUACAAGUCAAAGUCAUUUCAAAUUUGACUUAAAGCUCCGUGUUACCUUAAAUACCUAAUGUGACAAAAACUUUAUUUUUCUGGCACAGAAACACAAAAACAGACACACACACACACACACACACUCACAGACA